AUUUGAUUGAUAUGUAAAAUUGAAUAAUGUUGCACAAUUUUAUGCAGCACAUCUACUAUCCUUAAGGGCGAAUAUAUACAAUAUUUUAUUUAUAAACAAUUUAGAUCAGCCUGAUACACAUUCUUCCUUUCUGCUUGUCGGCCUAGACCUAAAACAAGAAUAGGUUCCUGCAUUAAACAAUAGAUUAGUGGGUUCUGGACACAUAGAAUGUGAUGUUCACGGCAUUGGGUUAUAGUUAAAGUAUUUUCUUUGAUCGUUUCUUGCAGUGAAAAAGUAUUCCAAUAUACUUACAGGACGUUUAAUAAAUGGUGUUUGCAGGUAUUCAGCACAGUAAUUUUCCGAACUGGUCCCUAGAUUAAAAUAGACUAUAAUACUGCAUCUCAUUUCACUCAUAGCAAACCAAUCAAUACCAUUUGGCUCCCUGUUCUUUGAAUAUCUUGAGGGAAAAGCUAUAUAGGGAUAUGGCUUUCGCUCAAAUAUUUGAAAGCAGUCUGCAUAAAAGCUGUGAUUAUUUUCAGGCUGUAUGGCCUCCAGCCAAUACACAUUUAAAUAAACCAACACGAAUCUGCAUCUACUAAUUGGCAAUUACCCUCAGUCAUCCAAUGAAAGGUCCUGCCAGAUUUAAUGGGCAAGCAGUUCAUCCUCAUCCUCAACUUGGGCUUGGAUGUGACGAUAACAGACCGAUCACUUUCGAUUUUAUUUUUUUGUAUAAUUUCCCUAGUGUGUCCCAUAUUUCUCCCCUUCUACAAUCAAUGUUGUCCUCGGUGAAGCGAUAGGGUGAAGCCGUCUAUACCUUGAGGCCGAAGCAGGCAACUAUACCUCACUAGAAAUGUAAUCUAACUUCAUUGAACAAACUUUUCACAGGACACAAUUUAGUCUGAGACAAAAGGGGGAGGCAUACCCAGAAAAGCUUAUUUUUGGGAGGAGCCGUCAUUUUUCCCCCCAAGACGACACGUGAAACUUUCUGGAGAAGUUGGUUGGUAGACUCGCUCUGAAGCUCCAAGCUCACAACCUCAGUAUAGUGGACCCGUCUGAAGUGAUCCUUCUGGAGACUGAACAUACGGACUUUCUGAAGUAAACCAGUCUCGUCUUAGGAAAGCUCUCGAUCCGCUGCGAUGAGCAACACGUCGAAGUAACGGCGUUAAUCAAAAAAUCCACAACGCAGAAACACAUUUUACCUUCGUUCUUUGCUCAACCGAGAUUUAAAACGCAGUGGCCACUGGAAACGUUGCUGUGCAGCGCCAUGGCUGCCCAGUGCGACACUCUAAGCGGAUACUUGCAGCAGCAGCAGCAGUCGGACCAGGGCUCCAACAGCGAGCGCAGCACAGACUCGCCCCCGCCGGGGUCCGAGGACGACCUGCACGCCCCGCACCCACCGCCGGACCCCGAGUGGACUGAAGAGCGCUUCAGAGUGGACCGCAAGAAACUGGAGAUCAUGUUGUUAGCUGCCUCAGAGGGACGGGUAAACGGAGGAGAGGAUUUCUUCCAGAAGGUCAUGGAUGAAACCAAAACACAGAUCGCAUGGCCUUCAAAGCUGAAGAUCGGAGCAAAAUCCAAAAAAGAUCCUCACAUCAAGGUGUGUGGAAAGCGGGAGAACGUGAGGGAAGCCAAGGACAGAAUCAUGUCUGUUCUGGACACCAAGAGCAACAGGGUCACCCUGAAGAUGGACGUAUCCCACACGGAGCACUCCCACGUCAUCGGGAAGGGAGGGAACAACAUCAAGAAGGUGAUGGAGGAGACGGGCUGCCACAUCCACUUCCCCGACUCCAACCGCAACAACCAGGCGGAGAAGAGCAACCAGGUGUCCAUCGCGGGCCAGCCGGGCGGAGUGGAGGCAGCCAGGGCCAAGAUACGAGAGCUGCUCCCUCUGGUGCUCUCCUUCGAGCUGCCGGCCAUCGUGCAGCCCGACCCGAGCUCACCCAGCGUGCAGCACAUCUCCCAGACGUACAACCUCAGCAUCUCCUUCAAGCCGCCCACCCGCCUCUACGGGGCCUCCGGCGUGGUGCGGGGGUCCCAGAACAACACCACGGCGGUCAAGAGGGGCACUGCUCUGCUGCUGGAGCACCUGGCCGGCAGCCUGGCCAGCGCCAUCUCGGUCAGCACGCACCUGGACAUCGCCCCCCAGCACCACCUCUUCAUGAUGGGGCGCAACGGCAGCAACAUCAAGCACAUCAUCCAGAGGACCGGUGCCCAGAUCCACUUCCCCGACCCCAACAGCCCCCAGAAGAAGUCCACCGUCUACAUCCAGGGCACCAUCGAGUCAGUCUGCCUGGCCCGCCAGUACCUCAUGGGCUGCCUGCCACUGGUGCUGAUGUUUGACAUUAAGGAGGACAUUGAGGUGGAGCCCCAGUGCAUCACAGCCCUGAUGGAGCAGCUGGACGUCUUCAUCAGCAUCAAGCCCAAACCCAAACAGCCCAGCAAGUCGGUCAUCGUCAAGAGCGUGGAGAGGAACGCGGGGAACAUGUACGAAGCCCGAAAGUUUCUCCUGGGCCUGGAGAACAGCGGGGUGUCCUCGUCUUCCACGUCCGUGGCCGUGUCCCCCUCUUCGUCCUCCUCCUCUUCCUCCAACAGCAACGGCCCCUCCAUCAUCUGCCCUGUGGGCCUGGAAAUCCUGACCUCAGCUGGCCUGGGGCUAAGCACUCUGGGUCUGUUGGGCGCCGCGGUGAGCCACUCCAUGAACUCAUCGGCCGCUCCCAACUCGGUGCUCAACGGCCUGAACGCCUCCAUGGGUCCCCUGCAGUCCGCCAGCACGCCCAGCAACGCCGCCUCGCUCUGGCCCAGCUCCCUCACCGGCUCCCAAGGUUUCUCAUCUCAGCUGCUGCUGCACCCCGCCACCCAGGCCACCCUGAGCAGCAUCCUGCUCUCCGGGGUGCAGGGCUACACCCAGAACACCCCCUCCCCUCCCCCCGGCCUGGCCCCCAUAGACAAGCAGUCCAACGGGGUCCCGGACUGCUCCAAGGGCCCCUGCUCUCUCAACGGCCACGUCAAGCAUCCCAGCUCUGUGUAUGGAAGGAUGUCCAGCGCUUCGCUAGGGGACACAGUGUUGAGUCCGUCCCAGUGUGACUCUGUGCAGGAGGCCAGCGGACACAACCCGUCAGAACCGCUCUCCAGCAAGUCCAACCAGGAUGAAGGCUCCGACACGUUUGUUGAAGUGGGCAUGCCCAGAAGUCCCUCCCACUCGGCGAAUGGGAAUGAGCUAAAACAGAUGCUGGCUUCCUGUAAGACGUCGUCAGGGAAACGGCAAGCUGUGGAGCUACUGCAGGGAACCAAAAACUCUCACUUACACUCUGACUGCCUGCUGUCGGACACAGAGUCCAGUUCCUCGGACAGUCCUGUGGCGGACAAGAGGGCGCCGGGCAGCGAGCGGGCGGCGGAGCGGGCCGCCCAGCAGAACGAGAGGGACAGGAUCAGACUGUCCCCCCAGGCCGCCUACGCCAACAUGCAGGCCUUCGACUAUGAACAGAAGAAACUGUUGGCCACCAAAGCCAUGUUGAAGAAGCCAGUGGUGACGGAGGUGCGGACGCCCACCAACACGUGGAGCGGCCUUGGCUUCUCCAAGUCCAUGCCGGCGGAGACCAUCAAGGAGCUGCGCAGGGCAAACCAUGUGCCCUACAAGCCCAGCAUGAGCACCACCUUCGAGGGAUCGCCGCUGUCCCUGUCGCGCUCCAACAGCAGGGAAGGCAUCGGGAACGGCAGCGACUCGGACAACUGGCGUGACAGGAACGGCCUCAAUGGUCUCCCCGAGCACCCCGAGUUCCCCCCGCCCGUGGGCAGCCCCAAGAGGAAGCAGAACAAAUCCGCCGUUGAGCAUUACCUGAGCAGCAGCAGCUACAUGGACUGCAUGUCAUCGGUGACGGGCAGCAACGGCUGCAGCCUGGGCUCCUCCCUGAAGGGCUCGGACCUGCCCGAGCUCUUCAGCAAGCUGGGCCUGGGGAAGUACACCGACGUCUUCCAGCAGCAGGAGAUUGACCUCCAGACGUUCCUGACCCUUACGGACCAGGACUUGAAGGAACUGGGCAUCACCACAUUUGGUGCCCGCAGGAAAAUGCUCCUUGCCAUCUCAGAGCUCAACAAGAACCGGAGGAAGCUGUUUGAGCCCCCCAUCAGGUCCUCUUUCCUAGAGGGCGGGGCGAGCGGGCGGCUGUCUCGCCAGUUUCACGCCAGUGAAAUGGCCAGCGUCAGCGGGCGGUGGUAGAAACAAAAUGGCCACCUCACCGCCAGACCGCCGCGCCUCACAACCACCCAAACACGCUGCGACCUAGCCGGCGGCACUGUCACACCAAAGUUAUACCGGGAGCGAAAAUUUUACCAAACCUGCCUUGCAACUGAUGAUCGCGUCGAACGUUGCCUGGCAACGGACGAUCGCGUCGAACGAUGACGUCUAUUAUCUAAAUUAAAUAAACAUAAGCUAGUGAGACUACGAUACACUUUAAAUACUCAGAUGACUAGCUAAAUUUGAUUAAACAAUUAUAUACAAUACAAAUAUAAACUACGAUACACUUUAAACACACAGUUUAAUAGCUAGAUUCAAUACAAUACAAAUAUAAAGUAAAAACAAGUGUUAUCUGUAUUAUGUUAUUUCGUCUUCAUGAGCGCAAAUGUUUUUUGAAACCUGCCUGGCAACGGACUAUCGCGUCGAACGACGUAAUGUUUUGACGCCCCCGGUCCAAUUUUGGUGUGACAGCACCAGUGGAACCCAGCCUAGCGGUGGCGGUCUCCGCUCUCUUCCUUCCUCCAUAGGCCAGGGCCUCAGGCCUUCUCUGGCUGGUGAUGGUUGUUUUUCUUGUUGUUGUUUACUCCUCCUGCUUUGAGCUGAACUGAAGACUCAUUUGUUUGACUUAUUGCCAUAUGUAAAAAAAGAAAGCCAUUGUCUUACCGAAAGUGCCAAUGAGAAAGGGGGGUAAAGGGAUUUCUCACACAUGAAGUUCAGUGUUCACUCCCUCAUUGGGGUCAAUGUGGAGCACAUUUAUACAUGAAGGAUAUUGAUAUUGUUAUACUUAUGGAGUUAGGGUACGGUGUUGUCCACUUUUGUCAAAGGGAACAGCAAAUGAUUAGUAAAAUAAUUAAAAUCAUUUAUCACAUUGAUACUAUGCUGUGGUAUCGAUGACAUGCACUUUAACAAUGCUAAACAUUUGCCUGUGAAUGCCUCAUUCCUUAAAUUAGAAUUCGUACAAUGGUGCAUUUUUGUAUUAACACAAAGCACAGAUGCAGUUUUUUUGUACUUUACCAAAAGGAAGCACUUAG